UAUCCCUAUUAUCAGAGAUAAGAUAUUCAUUGCCGAAAAUAAUCAUCUAACACCAAUUUACAAUGGCAACCAUUCAGCUCCUCAGAAUUCAAAACACUCUGUCCGUGCAUGUUUUUCUUCUUCAGUUUUCAUCACUGCUGUUCCCCUCACUCGGCUACACUCUCCCAGAUAAGUACUUCAUCAAUUGUGGGUCAGAUGUUAAUGUUACUGAAAGUGGUCACGUUUACGUUGGAGAAUCAAACCCAAUAGUCAGAUUUAGCAGCAGCAACAAAGAAAGCACACAGUCAUCAGUGCCUUCUCCUCUCUACCAAACAGCAAGGAUUUUUCGAAAAAUAUCUUAUUAUGAGUUCAGUACCGUCACAAACGGCACCUACCUGGUACGCCUCCAUUUCUUUGCUUUCACUUCCCAAAGUAACCUAUCCUCGGCUAUAUUCAAUGUUUCGGUUCCUGGGUUCUGUUUGUUGCAAAAUUUCAAUGCCGAAAAUAAUAGCAACUCUGCUUUAGUAAAAGAGUUUUUCAUGAAAAUCACAGACCGCAGCUUCAAAAUCAUUUUCACACCACUGGCACAAUCAUUUGCGUUUGUGAAUGCUAUAGAACUCUUCGUACUCCCUCUCUAUUUGAUCUCCGAUCUUGUCUCAAGUUUCACUUACGGCACUCAGAGAAACUUAACUAGUUACAAUGGCUUGCUCUCGCAUGCGUUGGAGACCAAACACAGGCUUAACGUUGGUGGAGAAAAUGUCACAAGGAGCAACGAUAAUUUAUUGAGAAACUGGUUUCCAGAUGAUAGUUAUCUCAGUAAUCCAGGAAACGCGGAGAAUAGUUCAUACUCGGGUCAAAUUAAUGCAGGAGGCUCUAACCUUUUAAACAUAACUUGGGGUCUUCCUGUGGACAAUAAUACAUAUCAUCUUGUUCGGCUUCAUUUCUGUGACUUAUGGAAUAUACAGCCUGGUCUUACAACCUUCAAUCUGUCCAUUUAUGACAGCCUUGUUACGGUGGUCAAUAUGAAUGACCCAAACGUGUAUAACCAGUUGCCUGCACCUUAUUAUUAUGAUAUUGUGGUUCACUCUGAUGAUUCUGGGCUCAUAAAGAUCAGUGUAGAACCUAAUUUAGCAUCUGCUCAUGGACCGGAUGCUUUUCUAAACGGGCUUGAAAUAAUGAAACUGAUUGAUUCAUCAGAAAUAAUUGUUCCCCUUGACGAAUCCAAGCAUAAUCUUCUUCCAGUGGUGCUGGGUUCAGUUGCUGGAGGUUUAGUCCUGCUUUCUGUCGUGGUAGUUGGGUUUCUUUGGUGUCUUAAAUUCAGGAAUCAAAGGCCCAUCGAAAAUUCAGAUUGGUUGCCAAUUCCAGUCACUGCAGGAGGGAGUUCUCACAGCAGAUUGACAGAGGGAACCAUCCCAUUUCUUGGGCUGAAAAUUUCCUUUCUUGAUCUUCAAUCGGCAACCAAUAACUUUGAUGCAAAGCAGAUAAUUGGGAAGGGUGGUUUUGGUAACGUCUAUAAAGGAGUUCUCAAGAAUGGGAUGAGAGUGGCUGUGAAAAGAAGUGAGCCGGGGUCAGGUCAAGGCCUUCCAGAAUUUCAGACAGAGAUAAUGGUUUUGUCCAAGAUUCGUCACAGGCACCUUGUUUCCUUAAUUGGGUACUGUGACGAAAGGAAUGAGAUGAUACUGGUUUACGAGUACAUGGAAAAUGGGACACUCAGAGACCAUUUGUACAACACGAAUUUGCCAAGCUUGUCUUGGAAGCAAAGGCUUGAAAUUUGUAUUGGAGCUGCCAGGGGUCUUCAUUACCUUCACAAAGGAGCUACUGGGGGUGUCAUUCACCGUGAUGUAAAGUCCACCAACAUAUUGCUUGAUGAGAACCAUGUGGCUAAAGUUGCUGACUUUGGCCUUUCAAGGUCAGGUCCUCUUGAUCAUCAAACAUGUGUCAGCACUGGUGUUAAAGGCACUUUUGGGUAUCUUGAUCCUGAGUAUUUCAGGUUGCAACUGCUGACAGAAAAAUCUGAUGUCUAUUCAUUUGGGGUAGUUCUUCUGGAAGUGUUAUGUGCAAGACCAGCCAUUGACCCAUCACUUCCAAGGGAGCAGGUGAACUUGGCUGAAUUGGGAUUGUUUUGCAAAAACAACGGAAUGCUGGAAGUGAUCAUUGAUCCUUCCAUCAAGGGCCAAAUAGAUCAAAACUCUCUCAGAAAAUUUAGUGAGACAGUAGAAAAAUGCAUAGAAGACAAUGGUUGUGAUAGGCCAACCAUGGGUGAUGUGUUGUGGGACUUGGAGUAUGCGCUGCAGCUUCAGCGAGGUGCAAUACAUAGAGAGCCACAUGGGGAUAGUUCUAGCAGUGCUUCUGCAUCACUUCAAUUGCCCAAUGUUCGGCGUUUUCCUUCACUCUCCACACGAAGUGAAGUGGAUGACUUGUCCUUUGUGAGGGGUAAUGAAUCCGAUAGUGCAGCGGAUUCCGUUUUCUCUCGGUUGAAAAUUGAUGACGCCAGAUAGAAUAUCAAGUCAUU